UUUUUUUUUUUGCCGCUUCUAGUGUCACUUGGUGGAUUACAAAGUCAGUCUGACACGUAAAAUUUAACCGCUCAUCUUGAGACCACUCCUAUCUGCCUCUACCAUGGCUGGAUCAAGUUCUUCCCGCAGCGAUGAUGAUGAUUCUACAAUCAAAGCGAGCGAUGAAAGAACGCCAUUGCUUCCUUCGAUAGCACCGGCACCAACCGCUGAACCCAUUGAAACGCUUCCUCAGGCCAGCGGGAUCCAAGGGAUCCAUGAAGGAGAGGACGAAGAUGCGCCACUACCGCUCGGCCAAAUUUUCCUGCUUUGUUACACUAGGCUCGUGGAGCCAAUUGCCUUCUUCUCCAUCUUUCCAUAUGUCAAUUUUAUGGUUGAGAAAACUGGAGGUAUUCAGCCAAACAAUGUUGGAUUUUACACGGGGUUGAUUGAGAGUCUUUUUUCUGCGACCCAGAUGUGCGUCAUGAUUUUUUGGGGAAAGGCCGCCGACCGAUUUGGAAGAAAACCAAUUCUCGUCCUAUCGUUGUGUGGCGUAACAGCAUCCACGGCUCUUUUUGGAUUGAGUAAGAAUAUCUGGCAAAUGUUCCUCUUCCGAUGCCUGGCUGGCGUGUUUGCCGGGACCAUUGUGACCGUUCGAGCCAUGAUCACGGAGAAUAGCACGAAGAAGACGCAAGCGAAGGCGUUCAGUUACUUUGCUUUUGCCGGCAAUCUAGGGAUCUUUUCUGGACCUCUUAUUGGUGGAGCGCUUGAAAGUCCAGCGGAAAAGUUCUCGUCAACAUUCGGUAAAAUCCAAUUCUUCCAUGACUAUCCAUACGCCUUCCCUGGCUUCAUAAGCGCCUCGGUAGGAGCUUCAGCUACGAUAUUGUCAGCGUUGUUCGUAAAGGAGACUUUGCAUCUCCAUCACGGCAAGAAAAAUACAAAUGAACCGCCCAUGUCCACAUGGGAACUCCUCAAAUACCCAGGUGUUGCUCAGGUGUGCAUAAUAUACAUCUACAUUCUGUUAUUAGCCUUCGCAUUUACCGCAGGCGACCCCGUGUUCCUCUACACCCCUAUUGACAUGGGAGGGAUCGGCUUUCCGGCUUCGCUCAUAGCCGCAGCUCUGGCCCUCGGGGGUUUCUCACAAGCGUUUUGGCUUCUUUUCGUCUUCCCUCCUCUUCACAAACGCAUAGGAACUGGCGGCAUUUUUCGACUCUGCGCUGCCUGUUGGCCAUUCUUCUUCGCCGUGUCGCCGAUAUGCAAUGUGUUCCUCCGCCACAACCUUAAAGCCCUGUUCUGGGCCGUAGGACCUCUAGUCACGGCCGUGGGUAGUGGGGUCGCCAUGGCUUUCACCGCAAACCAGCUUGCUGUCAACGACAUUGCUCCCUCCCAUGAAACUCUCGGUACUCUCAACGCGAUUGUCCUUGCCGGUUCUAGCGGACUCCGAGCCUUUGUCCCCGCCCUUUCAACCAGCUUAUAUGCUGUCGGUGUCAACUCGGGGAUCUUCGGAGGUCAGCUCUUUUGGAUCAUUCUCAUUGCGCUUGCCGUGGGUCUAAAUUGGGUGAUCAGGUAUCUGCCGGCGAGGGCUGAAGGGAAGCUCCAGCAAGAGGAUGAUCGAGACGCUUAAGCGCAUCCAAGGCAUGCACUUGUCGCUAUUCUAGUAGGAAGAGUGGGAGUGAACUUGCACAAAAGAAAUUUUCUAAAGCACAAAGGCCCUCAGUAAUUUUCACAGUGCCUUUUCGACAUGGGUUCAGUAGGUCGGCCCGUACCGCGCUAACCGCAGCUCUCUUUCACUCUCUUUUGCGUGGCCAUUGUACCUAAACACAAGAAAU